AAACGACCUUGACAGAUUAGAGAACUGGGCCAAAACAAACAAGAUGAACUUUAACAGGGAGAAAUGUAAAGUAUUGCACUUGGGCAAAAAAAAUGAGAGGCACAAAUACAAGAUGGGUGACACCUGGCUUGAGAGCACUACAUGUGAAAAGGAUCUAGGAGUCUUGGUUGACCACAAACUUGACAUGAGCCAACAGUGUGACGCGGCAGCUAAAAAAGCCAAUGCAACUCUGGGCUGCAUCAAUAGGAGUAUAGCAUCUAGAUCAAGGGAAGUAAUAGUGCCACGGUAUUCUGCUCUGGUCAGACCUCACCUGGAGUACUGUGUCCAGUUCUGGGCACCACAGUUCAAGAAGGACACUGACAAACUGGAACGUGUCCAGAGGAGGGCAACCAAAAUGGUCAAAGGCCUGGAAACGAUGCCUUAUGAGGCACGACUAAGGGAGCUGGGCAUGUUUAGCCUGGAGAAGAGGAGGUUAAGGGGUGAUAUGAUAGCCAUGUUCAAAUAUAUAAAAGGAUGCCAUAUAGAGGAGGGAGAAAGGUUGUUUUCUGCUGCUCCAGAGAAGCGGACACGGAGCAAUGGAUCCAAACUACAAGAAAGAAGAUUCCACCUAAACAUUAGGAAGAACUUCCUGACAGAAGCUGCAACUUGCUCUGGAUUCUGCGCUCCUCAGGAAGGUGAACCUGCAAACCUAGCUGAGACUGAACCUGCAACCCUGGCCAGGAUGGAAGGAGGAAGAUGGACGGGUGACCUGGUCAGGCUGUCUUCCGCAUCCCUCCCCACAACCUCUGAGCAUUCCCUCCCAGGGCCCUUGGAGAAAUCUGGAGACAGUGAUGGCCAGCAACUUGGAUAGCUUGAAAAAAAGGAUAAGACUGACGUCUCUGCUCUGCCCUCGCGGUCCUAGGCAAUAAUGCUUCUUGAUACUAGUUUCUGGAAAGCACAGGAAGGCAGAGGAGACUCUUGUGCUCCAAUCCUGCUUGCCGGUUUCCCACAGGCAUCUGGUUGGCCUCUGUGAGAAGAGGAUGCUGGACUAGGUGGGCCUUUGCCUGAUCCAGAAGGCUCUUCUUAGGUUCCAAUAUAUUGCAAUAUUUUUACAGUUAAAUGUAGCACUUAAGUUUU